GCCAGCGCUCUGUAAAUUGCUGGCAGGAGGAUGCCCUUGACUAUGUUACAUAUAUAGACCGAGAGAGUGAGGCUGUUAUGGCGCAGCCGGAGACUCCAAUGAUAGAAGGCUUCACUCCCAGUAUUCAUCGCGAAGAGGGUUUCAAGAAUAAGUUUUUGAGGAAGGUGCGGGAGAACCCGUUUGUGCCAAUUGGCUGCCUUGCCACUGCUGGAGCACUUACCUAUGGACUCAUCUCAUUCAAACAGGGAAAAACAAGGCAGUCUCAGUUGCUGAUGCGCUCUCGUAUACUGGCACAAGGUUUCACAGUUGUUGCCAUUAUGGUUGGUGUCUUUAUGGCUGCCGCAAAGCCACACAGCGGUCCCCAAGGAGAGAGAGGCACAUAAUCAGGACUUUGUUUAAGAGACACAAUGUGUGAGUGUGCACCUGGGUAUAGUAGCAUGGUGCACCCUGUCUGAGGCUCUGAAACGUGAUAAAAAUAAAGUUGUCUUCUACCAUC